GUCAGUCCUUAUCACAUUUCUCCUGCUCUCUGUCAUCUGCCUGCCUAGUCGGAUUCCUUAGUGGCUGUUUGUAAAGGAGCUUCAGAAGUCCCAGCAAUAAAACUUCAGAGUCGGGGAGAGCAAGACUUCUCACAGAUCAAGGAAGAAGAGCAGCCCCGUCCCCCUUCAUCACCCGUCUCCCCUGUAGCUACUGCUGGCUUCAUUAAGCAGCUGGUCCGAGAAACUGAGAAGGAGGCAAAAGUAGCACGGGAACUUGAGAAGGAGCAACGGCAUGAUCUCCAGCGACCGGCUAAGUUGGAUGAUAGUGUGGUUCAAUAUUUUUUACAUUUAACUCAGAAUGAGAGCCAGCCAGUAGAUGAGGCAAUGGAUAGUGGAACCCAGCUAUUAGUGUAUGGUCACCAUGGCAAUGGGCCUGAGGGUCAGUCAGCGCCAGCGCCUGAGAAAAAGGCCGAAUGCAAACGACCAAAACUGUUUCGGAAACCCAAAGGAACCCAAGUGAGGGGAUUAUCAGCAGGUAAACGCACUAUCGAACUGGAAAAGCCAGGCAGUCCUCAGCAAAAUAAUGGCUCAUUCCCAAACAGUCAAGGCCCGGUUGUUACGGAAACCAAUGCCAGCAUGCAGCAGCCCAGCAGAAAUGAGGAACUAUUAUCAACGGAAAAUGGGACAUCUCAAAUGGACACAGAGAAACUUUCACAAGAGCCCUGUUCUCAAGAAACUGAGAGUCCAGAGGUGGAGAAUGUAACGGAACGCCCGAGUGAAAGUCUCAUCGAUCACGAAACAAAUCAAGGGACUGAGGAAAGUCGAGUGGACUUAGAAAAGGUGAGCGAAGACGUUUGGUAUGAGACUGACCAGGUCUGGUAUGUCAACAAAGAAGGAUUCAAUUUAGCCACAGUGCUCAAACCAGAUUUUGGAACACCUGAACUUCCAGAUGGCCAGGCCCGAAUCCGCAUUGAGAGUGACAAUAAGAUCAUAGACACAGAUGAAGAGUUCAUUCACAAAACAAACCCAUCCAGAUUAGAUUAUGCCGAGGACCUCUCACAGCUCAUUGCCUUGAAUGAGUCCAGCGUUCUCCACGUACUGCAGCAUCGCUAUGGGUCCCAGCUGAUCCACACAAAGGGAGGCCCGAAUCUCAUCAUCGUCAAACCACCAAGCAACAUUUCCACCUACUCAGCAAAGCUGUUCAAGGGGAAGAGGGAUGGAAUGCCACCUCAUAUCUUUGCUGUGGCACAGAGAGCCUAUUGGAACAUGCUGAUCCAUCGGAAAGACCAGAGCAUCAUUCCCUUGGGCUGGAGCGGUGCCGGGAAGACUACAAGCUGCCAGUGUGCUCUUGAGUACCUUGUUGGUACAGCUGGCAGCGUGGGCACAACAGUGACAGUGGAGAAGAUCCAAGCGAUGUUUACCAUCCUCCGGGCUUUUGGCACCAGGUCCAGUCCUCACAAUGACACCACAACACGAUUCUCUAUGGUUGUAUCACUGGACUUCAAUCAAGCCGGGCUUGUAUGUGCAGCUCACCUCCAGACAAUGUUACUGGAGCGAAUUCAUGUACCACAGCAACCAAAUGAUGUGGGAUCAUUUAAUGUCUUCUACCAGAUGCUGGCUGGCUUGGAUCGAUCUCUCAGGACUGAGCUACAUUUGCACCAAAUGGCAGACAGCCAUAUAUUUGGAAUUUUACCGUUGGCAAAGGGAGAAGAGAGGCAGAGAGCAUCGUCGGCAUUCAGCAAACUACGGGCAGCAAUGGAGACUCUGGAAUUCACAGCCCAAGAGCAAAUGGCCAUUUGGCACGUACUGGCAGCUGUCUACCACCUUGGAGCUGCUGGGGCGUGUAAAGUUGGCAGGAAGCAAUUUAUGAAGUUCGAGUGGGCACAGAAUGCAGCCAGUGCGCUUGGAUGUGAACUUGAAGAACUUUCAAUGGCAGUCUUCAAACAUCAUCUCAAACUGAUUAUCCAGCAGGCCACAAACAAACUUAAUACAGAGGUCACCACAGACAACACAACAGGUCCUCGUUUGACGGGAUUGGAAUGUGUGGAAGGAAUGGCUGCUGGAUUAUACGAGGAACUGUUUACCAUUAUUGUCAUGCUCAUCAACAGGUCAGUUUCAUCUCAGCAGUUGUCCCUGACAUCUAUCAUGGUGGUGGACACGCCCGGCUUUCAGAAUCCGCGUCACCUAAACAGGGACAGAGCAGCCACAUUUGAAGAGCUGUGUCACAAUUACGUACAUGAGCGACUACAGAUGCUUUUCCACCAGCGCACCUUUGUAUCUCAGCUGGAUAGGUUCAAGGAGGAAAAGGUACAGGUGACAUUUGACAUUACUGAAACCUCUCCAGCAUCUACGGUGGCUGUCAUCGAUCAAACCUCAAACCAAUUCAAGGUUCAGCCAUCUAAAUGGGAUGAAGAACCGAAAGGUCUUCUCUGGAUUCUGGAUGAAGAGGUAUUACUUCAAGGCUCCAGUGAUGCCACUGUCCUUGACCGCUUCUGUUCCUACUUUGAGAAGAAGGGAGUUGACAAAGAAGAGAACCAGCCAGUGAGGAGGUGCGAGCAGGAACAGCAGUUUGUGAUUGCACACCAGCUCGGUGCAAAUCCUGUGAGGUAUGACCUGACAGGCUGGAUCAACAAAGCCAAGCAAAACCCCUCAUUGGAGAAUGCCAGCCAGCUACUGCAGGAAUCCAGACUUGAAUUCCUCAAGCGACUUUUCUCUUCACGAUCUAAAGUCCCGAUGAUAUGUCGGUCAGUGUCUGGUUUGGAAGGCACUUCCCAGCAGGCUUUGCAAAGGAUAGGUUGUGUCCGGAAGACAUUCAGCACUAGCUUUGCAGCUGUGAAGAGAACUUCUGUCUGUGCACGAAUCAAGCUACAAGUGGAUGUUCUUACAAACCUUAUGAAGCGUUCUGAAGCACACUUUGUCCACUGCUUUGUAGCAAGACUAGAGGAGAAUGAUGCAGAAGGGAAAAUGCCUGCUAGUCAAAGACCUGAAGCUGUAGCAGAGGUACAGAACAGCAAUGAACAUCCACUCGCUGCAUUUGACAUCCCAACACUAAGGACUCAGCUCCAGGGAACACAGUUACUGGAUGCACUUCGUCUCUACAGGCUAGGUUUCCCUGAUCACAUGGUCCAUGGCGAAUUCCGGUGUCGGUUCCAGGCUCUGGCUCCAGCUAUCAUGAAGAAAUAUGGAGCAGCAUUUAUGGUCACAGAUGAAAGGAAGGCUACGGAAGAAUUGCUUACCUUGCUGGAUUUGGAGAAACACAGCUUUUUUAUGGGUCGGAGUCGGGUCUUCUUCAAAGCUGGGAUUGUUUCCCGCCUGGAAAAACAGCAGGAGAAGCUGAUUUGCCGGAACCUGACCUUGCUACAGGCCACGUGUCAGGGAUUCCUUGGGCGCCAGCAAUUUAAGAAGAUGAAGACCCAGCGUUUAGCUCUUCGUUGUAUUCAAAAGAACAUUAAGAAUUAUUUAAUGAUCUGUCAGUGGCAGUGGUGGCAGAUAAUGUCCAGUAUCCGUCCGAUGCUCAGCGUUAACUUGGUUGAUGAAAAGCUUCGAGUCAAAGAGGAUGAGGUUAAUGCAUUGCGACAGAAGUUGGAGAAAUCUCAACGGGAACGAAAUGAGAUCCAAGAAAACACCGAUUUACUCGAGGGCAAGAUUUCAGACCUUACAGCAGAGCUGGCAGACGAACGGUUUAAGGGGGAUGUGACCUGUCGGGUACUGGAGAGCGAGCGAGCCGAGAGACUGCAACUGUCCCAGGAACUGAAGGACAUGCAGACUAAAUAUGAGAAGGUGAUGACAAAUUUAAAUGCUGUAGAGAAGCAGUUGGAGGAAGCACGGCAGCAGCUACAGAUGAGGGAGCUGGGAAGUGCAGCGACAGAGGAAGAAUGGAAAAUGCGCUAUGACUGCACUUUACUGGAAAUGGAGUUUCUCAGGAAACGAGUCCAUACGUUUGAGGAAAGAAUUGCUUCAGAAUUGCAAAUCAGAAAGGAGCUGGAACAAAAGCUGACAGACCUCCAAGAAGGUUAUGAGGGUGCCAAGCGGAAUGUUCAACAGCUGAGGAGAAAGAGCAAGUGUUUGACCUCGGAACUGGAGGACACUAAAGUGCUGAUGGAAAGUCAACAGAGCCGGAACCACGAGCUGGAGAAAAAACAGAAAAGGUUCGACAUGGAGCUGGCUCAGGCUCUGGGGGAAGCUGCCUUCGAGAAGACCCUUCGUGAGAAAGUUGUCCAAGAAAACCAGGCGUUGCGGACAGAGCUUUAUCGGGCGCAACAGAAUCUGCAGGGAAAAGAAUCUGAGGCCACAAGGUUAAAUGAAAAAAUAGAAGAACUGAACCUGGAGCUGGGUGACCUGACAUCCUGUGAGCCACAGAGCAAGGAGACUGUGGCCCAGAUGAAGAAGCAGCUUCGACAACUGGAGGCAACGACGAAGGAGCAAAGUAAAGAGAUCAGUGAACAAGCGGGAACUAUAGAACAACUGGAACAGACACAUCUACGGUUUGAAAUCGAGCUGGAACGACUGAAGGAGAUUCAUCUGAAGGAACUGGAGGACAAGGAGGAAGAGCUGGAGGAUGUUCGCAAGUCGUGCCAAAGAAGGCUCCGUCAGUUGGAGAUGCAGCUGGAGCAGGAGUUUGAGGAACGUCAGCUGGUCCUUCAUGAGAAACAGGACUUGGAGAGUUUGGUUGGAACCCUCUGUGAGCAGAUAGGUCACCGAGACUUUGAUGUGGAGAAACGGUUGCGCAGGGAUUUACGACGCAAGAAUGCCCUCCUGGCUGACGCUCAGCUGCUGCUCGGUACGAUGCAGGAUCCUGGCCAAACCAACAACAAACAGGAGGUGGAGAAACUCCAGAUGCAGUUAGACGCAAGUGUGGCUCGCUGUGCGGAGACAGAGAAGGUUUACAAAUCUACGUUGCAGGAAUUGGAAAACCUCCAGGUUCAACUGGAAAAUAUUCAGAGAAACAAGAACACGGUCGAUGAGCAGUUAUACCAAUUGGACCAUGAAAAGGCUGAUCUGCUGAAGCGCCUAGAAGAGGACCAGGAGGAUCUGAAUGGACUCAUGAAGAAACAUAAGGACCUGAUAGCUCAGUCAUCCAAUGACAUUGCGCAGAUACAGGAGCUACAAGGUCAAUUGGAAGAAGCUGCAAAGGAAAAGCAAAGUUUGGAAGAAAAGCUCCAGAUUGCUCAGAACAGGAUAGAACACAUGGAACAUUCGAUGGUGGAGCGAGGAAUUGUAAGUCGACAGGAAGCCAUCAUCUGUGAUCUAGAGAACAAACUCGAGUUCCAGAGGGCCCAGCUGAAGAGAUUUGAGACAUUGGUCCUACGUCUGCGGGACAACAUGAUAAAGAUGGGUGCGGAAUUGAAACAAGCAGGCGAGGCUGAGGCUCGGGAGAAGGAGACUGCAAAACGUGUCCAACAGCGGAUGGAGGAGAUGAAAACAGAGAUGGAUGACCUUGUUGAGAGGGAGCAGGAAGCUUCUCGAAGAUGUAUGGAACUGGCAUCUCAGGUGGAGAGCCUGACGGCGAUGAAACAAACCUUGCAAGCGGAUCUCGAAACAUCAAUAAAACGUAUUGCUGACCUACAGACAGCCUUGGAGGAGGAAUCUAGUGAUGAAAGUGAUGAUGAAGCAGAAAGUGCAAUGACGACUCUGGGAGCUGAUUUGGAAAGGACAGAUAUUGACAGCCGAUCAAGCAUGGGAUCCCUUCUGAGUGAAGACCUUAGCGCUGGGACAAGGUCAUGGCUGGGAUUGUUUCCUGGGGGUCGAUCACCCACAUCAGGAGGCAGUGUGGCUGGGAGUCUCUGCAGGGCAUCGGCAGCUGACAGCAUCAGUCGUCACCACUUGAGGAUUGGCAGGGAUAGUAUGGAUCAAGAAAGCAGUAGGCCAGGCUCUUCAGUGAGCAUGAGGAGCUUUAGAAGCCGAGAAUGUGCUCAGACUCCUGUUGAUCGACCUGCGUCUCUAUCCAGUUGGAGAUCUCGUCCAGAAGAGGAGAAAUCCUCCAGUUCCUCUGUGGCUUUAUCGGAAUUUGUGGAGGAGUUAAGGAGAAAACGUGCCGGAGCACGGGAGCAGAGUGGUCUCCAGAUCGAAGAGAGUUCCUCUCUGCCUAUCUACCAGACGGCAGGUAUCUCUUCACUUAGAAAGCGCCCAUCCAUUAAGGAUGAUGAUGAUCCAUUGCUGAAGUUCGAGACUAUGAGUCUUUCAGAGAAUCGAAGCUUUCCUGCCAGUUAUCAAGAAGGAACUAGGUUAGUCCGUUCAGCCAGCCUACGGUCUUUGACAUCCAGCAGUGACAUAUCUGAAUCUUUAUCCACAGCAAAGAGAAACAGAUGUGUUUCAUUUGAGAAUUUAGCCGAACCUCGCAAUAGUACUGGUCCCACCUUUCAGAAGCCAACCUUUUCUGCCAGAGACACGGAGGAGGUAACUCCCCCCAUCCUAAAACCAGCACGAAAGUGGCUUGAGUUGUCAAUUGAGGAAGAUAUUGAUGAGGUCCUUAGCAAUCAGCCAAUUGUGUUCAAAAGUAAACGAUUCAGGGUCCUUCCUAAUGAGGAUGGGGAAGGUGAAAGUUCCAACUGGAAACUUCCAAGCCUGAGCUAUGAACGGAAAAGGGAUGAUGAUAAUGACAGUGAUAUUCUCCCUGCAAUUCGAAGGCUUCCGUCCAUACACAGGACCACACUGGAGAGUGAGCGGGGCUCUAGAUCUCCCACUGCUGACUUUGACAACUUGGCUUCCAAAGAUAAGACCAGUUUGAUCCCAUUAAGGAAGAUUAUGGCAGUCAAGCCAUGCAUGCCCAAAGGAGACAAGGAUUCACUUGGUAACUUGUCUGACUCCUCUUCAUCCUCUGGUUCAACUGUUUCGUACAAAAGUGCAGACAGCAUCAAGAACCGUCCUGGGCUCCGCAGGUCAACAGAUGAGAGAUCAUCUGCAACUGUACAGGCGAAUCGAGGUUUCAAUUCACAGGGAGAGAAAAGGUGUGAGGAGGAGCCAGCAGCUGAGGACAUCAAUUCUGUGAUGAUGAAAUACUUGGCAAAGUCAGACAAAGAAUAAGAAUCUCUGAUCUAAGACUUCUGGCUGCACAAUUGCCUGGAACACUGAAGCUGGGACAAAGAAUCACAGCCAGACAGACCCAAUCCGUUCCAAGAGACAUCUUGAGCUCAGUCAAGAAGAAUGGAAACAAAACUGACAGUUUGCCCUGGAUUUCAGGGUGACUGAAAGCAAUGUUUCUCAGUAUUUGUGAUGAAUUAAAAACAGUUAUUCUCAGACUCGCUUAUUUUACUGUCUUUGGGAAACAAAGGUGAACAUAUUUGAGGAGAAAAAUAAUCAAAACCAAAACAUAUGUUGGACGUGAUUAAAUCUGCGCACAAACAUUGUUUCAAAUCAGAGCCUUGUUUAAUGGUGAGGAAAGUUGGGAAUGUGGAUUAGUGUUCAUUUUACUGUCACUUGAUUAGCUUUGGAAGAAGCAGUAAAGGGCAAACUAGUGUGACACAUCUACAUAUUUAGUUCUCACAGGAUCCACAGAGCCUAAAUUAACUCAAAUUGGGACUGACUUACCAUGUUCAAAGAUAUCGUGGAGGCAGCUUCAUUAAAGUCCCUUCAGAUUAAAAUGCAAUUGAUGCUGAAAGAGACAGUUAAGUUGGUCAUCAGUAUCAAGGGCUUAAAAGUGAACUUUUUGAACCCUCUUCCAGGGGGACGACGGUGCUGCAGUUGUAGAGAACACAUUCCAAAAUAAAAAUGCCAGGCAGACUUGCAAAACUGAGAGGAGCCUGUUUGUGGAACUCACCACCCAUUAGAAAAGCUUCCUCCAAGUCUUUGUUUGAUGGCCAUUGAAAGAAUUUGAUAAACCAAGGUUAACAUCGAUUCCUUUCAAUUUAUUUCCAGAGUGCAGGCCAUGCUGCAAAGGCCAAAUGUAUCUUUAAUAGCCUUGAGAAGGUCAUUCAUAAGUUAGUUCACCUGAUGGCAGUGGAUUAAUCACCUCUGUCCUGCCAUUGCAUUUGGCUGAUGAUCCAACCCUUCAGAUUUCCGGUGAUGUUUGCUUUUGUCUAUGGGGUGUGGGUAUCACUGGCAAGAACUGUAUUAAUUGUCUAUUGCUAAUCACCCUUGAAAAAGUGAUGGUGAGCCACCUUCCUGAUUCACAAAUAGCCUAAUAAUUCAUGGGUUCACCCAAAAGUGCUGUUAGGAAGAGAGGUCCAGGUUUUUGAACCAGCAAUAGGGUUCCAAGUGAUACAGUUCCAAGUCAAGAUGGUGUGUAACCUAGGGGAUGGGGACCUUGUAGGUGGUUGUUAAUCUAUUACCUUCCAAGUAACAAACAUUGUGGAUUUGGAAGGUGCUGGUGAAGCAUCCUCGGAGAGUCAUUGCCAUGAACUGGUAGAUGGUGUAGAUUGCUGUCAUUGCUGGUUAAUGAAGGAAUGAACAUCGAAGGUGAUGGAUGGGGUGUCAAUCAAAUGGACUGUUUUGUACUGAAUGCUAUCAAGUUGGAACUGCACCUGUCCAGGUGGCAGAGAGUAUUCCAUGCUCCUGAUAUAGGCUUUGCCUGGAUAGGCUUUGGAGACUCAAUAAAUAGGUUCCUUAUCUCAGAAUUACCAGUCUCUGACCUAGUCUAAUUAUCACUAUGGCUAGCCCAGUUACUUUUCUGGUUUAUGGCAACUCCCCAGGAUAUUAAU